UUCAGAAAUGUGUCGUAAAGCACUGAAGCAUCAUAAUUCUGUUCCUAAGAUGCAAAGAAUUUUGUAAAAUUAGUGAAAUAAUUUUUUUUGGGUUUUCCUCUCAUCAACAGCUGAAAAAAAAGCAAUAGAACUUUAUAUCUAUGUAUGUAUGUACUAACACAGUUAAAUCGGAAGAAUAUGGAAAAAACCGAUAAUAAUUAGUGAAAAAAAAGUUUAAGCGAUAAUUGUAUAUCCAUUAAACUACACGAUUUAAUAAAAAGAGAAACUACUUAGAAUAGAUAACUUUUAUAAAAAGAAUCGAGAGAUGUUUCAUUAUAAUUAUAAAUAAUUUAUACAUAUAAAUAUACAGAAGAAGAAAAUAUAUGUGCAAUGACGCCCCAUUUUAGUGUAACCAAGAUCCAUAAAUAAGUUUUUAAAAAUAUUUUUUUAAUAAUUAUCUGAUACCUGAAAAUUCGAAACUAAUAUUUAAACCGAAUUCGUUGGUGAGUAAUAAUUUAUUUAUGCUAUUACUACCCGUUUUUGACCAAAAUAAACUAGCGUCAUAAAUAAAUUAAUACAACUUUUUUUUUUAUUGGCGCCAAACCUAAAUACUCUUUUUCUCUCUCCUCAUUUUGCCUUAUCUUGAGCCUAAUCUUUUGAUUUUAAUGCCAUGAAUGUAAUCCAUGAAAUCCCCAUUGUCUCUCUAUCAACGAUCGAGCCAUUAAAAUAAUUAUUAAUAUCAUAUGAUAUAGAAACUUUAUCGAUUUUAACUCAAAAUUUGCCUGCCUAUUUUAACGGUAUGUUCAUUUUCAAAAAACUUUUUUGACUAAAAGGGCUGGCUAUAUGCUUGAUUUCUUCGCAGGAUAAUCUGCUCCCCUACAUAUCUAUUCGUUUUACUAGAGCACAUAGCUCGUUCAAGCUUUCAUACCGAAAUAUCAAGCUAUAAGACACUAUAAUCUUAAUAAAAUUGAGCGUAGAUCAUGAAGAAGUGAUGAAUGUCGUCUGAUUUGCUUGAGAAAUGUCUAGUCAGACUGAAUCUAAAUCUUUCUUCCAUGAAAUUUUUUGUGUGUCAUGAGAGAGUAUGUGUUAGCUGAGUUUAUGUUAUUUAUUUUCGGACAGAAGGAGUAUGUGUAUAAAUAAAUUAAGCGAUAAAAAAUGAUGAAAAUUGAAGGAAGUAACGAUAGAGAGUGAGGAAAAUUGUGUGGAAAUCAAGUUAAACGAGAAAAGUGAUAAAGUGAGAGAACUGACUGGAAAAAUGAAUGUUUGUGAUUGUGUGAGUGUUUAAUAAAGUGAAUGCAAAAUUGGAAACUUGAAAAAAUAGACGCUCUAGAAUUUAAUAAUUUUUUGACAGUGAAAAUUUAAAUUUUCCUCAAUUUUUCCAAAAUUUUCGAACGCAUAAGUGUCUAAAAUAUCAGUAUAAAUUGUUAAAAGUCUGAAAGAGUGAAGCGCAAAGUGAUUUUAAAGCAAACACUUACAUUUGACAUAAAUUUUUCAAAAUGGCUUUACCAUUAUUUAUUUCAUAACCUAAGUUUUAUUUUAAAACAAAAAAAAAUACACAAAAAUAAUUAAUAAAAAUAUAAUAAAUUUCCUAUAUUAUGUGGAAUGGCUCAAAUGGCUCAGUAAUGGCUAAUUUUUAUGAUUUUAAUGAAGAAAUCGACACUCUAUCAUCGAAUACUAAUUUUAGACAGCAAAAUUCGUCUACAAUGCAGCAACAAACAAACGACUCAAUCGCUACAGCAUCAACAACAUUAAAUAUGACGGCUUCUAGUAUAUCCUCAAAUGUUACAAGCACGCCAAUUAUUGCAACCAAUAAUAGCAGCUCAACCAAUCUCUCGUCAUCGCAGUCUAGUAUUUCGAUGUCGGAAGAUCGAGAGAAAACACCGCCGUUUAUUGAAACAAUCAUUGAGCCAGUCAAUGGAAUUCUUCAGCCUGCAGUCAAGCCUCAUCCGAGCAGACCAGGAAGGGCGACAAAUCAAUUACAUUUUAUACAUAAAACUGUCAUGAAGGCUGUCUGGAAACACCAAUUCAGUUGGCCUUUUCAACAACCCGUCGACACAAUUAAACUCAAUCUUCCCGACUACCAUAAAAUCAUUAAAAAACCUAUGGACUUGGGUACGGUAAAGAAACGCUUAGAAAACAAUUACUACUGGAAAGCGCAAGAAUGCAUGGACGAUUUCCAGACCAUGUUCGACAACUGCUAUAUCUACAAUAAACCUGGAGAAGACGUAGUUGUGAUGGCUCAGGCACUUGAAAAGCUAUACAGAAGUAAAGUUGCUCAGAUGCCAAAAGAUGAGAUAAAAAUUGAGACGGCUUCAACAAAAGGAGUUAAAAAGAAACCGAAAACGCCGCAAGGUACCCUUGUUGCAUCAACUCCAACGACACCAGUCAGUGUGAACAAAGUUCCUGCUCCAAAAUCGUCGUCGUCAUCAUCGUCCGUAUCAACACUUCCUCAGAACUCAAUUUCGUCUUCAAAUGCACAAGUCUCCACAAUGUUGCCAUCAACAGAAAGUAGUAGCGCAGUUAUUCCUGGGAGCACAAAUAAACCGACUGGGAUCAAUGCAAACGUACAAGCAACACCGACACCGCUAGCACCACAGUCGAGCACCCUUCAUAAUCUCAUUAUGCCUCAACCAACAAACAAUUCACAAAUGCCAACAUCCUCGGGCGGUGGCACAUCAUCUUUCCUUGUAAAUCAACCUAUGAUUAAUACAGUAUCAAUUCCAUCUCAACAACCUGCAAAAGUAAAGAAAGGAGUCAAAAGAAAGGCUGACACAACGACACCGACUUCCUCCUUCAACGAUUCUGGAUAUCCUUCAGCUGACACUAAAGUCUCAACGCGAGGACGACAGGACGCUUUACCUCAUACGUCAAACGCUUACCCAAUAUCGCCAGCAAAUGUACACAAUAGUCAACAAAGUACGCCUAAAAAUAAGGAGAAAUUGAGCGAAGCGCUAAAGUCGUGUAACGAAAUUUUGAAAGAAUUGUUUAGUAAAAAGCAUUCAGGAUAUGCCUGGCCUUUUUAUAAACCAGUUGAUGCCAAAAUGCUAGGACUUCACGACUACCAUGACAUAAUUAAGAAGCCAAUGGAUCUUGGUACGGUGAAAAGAAAAAUGGAUGAGAGGGAGUAUAAAAGUGCGGCAGAAUUUGAGGCUGACGUAAGACUCAUAUUCACGAACUGCUACAAAUAUAAUCCUCCAGAUCAUGAUGUCGUAAAAAUGGGCAGAAAAUUACAGGAUGUUUUUGAAAUGAGAUUUGCAAAUAUUCCUGACGAACCAGUAACGACAUAUCCAUCCCAACAUAAUAAUAAUAAUACUAAUACUAAUAAUAAUAAUAAUAAUAGUCAAAUAAUCAAUGAUACUUCAUCUGAGGAAAGUGAAUCUAAUGCUGAAUCAGAGGAUUCCGAAGAGAGUAUAGACGAGAAUUCGUUGCGCGAUAAGAUCGAAAAGACGCAAGAACAUUUGACAAAACUUAAGGAGAAACUCGAUCGACUAUUAAAGAAGAAAUCAAAUAUGGUACCUGUUAUGAAAAAGCAUAUGAAGAAAAACAAACAUAGCUCUUCAUUCAAAGAAACACCCAAAUUAAAAAAUAACAAAACUGACAACAACAACACUAAAAGCAAAGGACAAAAGCAAUUGAAAACUGCAGCGGCAACAGCGAUUGGCCCAACAGCUAACGUGACAUUAACGCAAAGUUCUAGUGCUACAAGUGGCGGUGGUGCAACUGCUGUAAAACGAAUGAAAUCGUCUGGCAGCAGUAAUGUUCAUGGAACGACACAAUCAAAAUCAAGUAAUAAGAAAAAGCAUCAACCACCUGCUGGCAAUUUUAAUAGUGAGGAGGAAGAUAACGCGAAACCUAUGUCUUAUGAUGAGAAAAGACAACUAUCUCUUGAUAUUAAUAUGCUUCCAGGUGAUAAACUAGGACGUGUCGUGAACAUAAUUCAAAGUCGAGAGUUGUCAUUAAGAGACUCAAAUCCCGAUGAACUUGAAAUAGAUUUUGAAACAUUGAUGCCAUCAACACUUCGUGAAUUGGAAGCCUACGUUGCACAAUGUCUCCGUAAAAAAACCCGUAAGCCUUACUACAAAAAAGUUGCGGGUAAAUCUAAAGCGGAACAAAUGACGGAGAGGCAGCAAGAGUUAGAGAGAAGGCUGCAAGAUGUAACUGGUCAAUUGGGUUCAAAUAAGAAAGGCACCAAAAAAGAUGAUUCAUCAAAAGCAAACCCUCAAAAUCAAAGUCGACAGUCAUCAUCGAGUAGUUCAAGUGAUUCUUCAUCUUCUAGUUCAUCGGAUAGUAGCUCAUCAGACAGUAGCGAUAGUGAAGCAGGCAAUGAUGUAAAAUUCCCAAUAAUUAAAGAAAUUAAUAUAAACAAUCUCGCUAGUGAAACUAAAAUACCUAAAACAACAAAAGCUGAACCACAAGACAUAAAGAUACCAAUACUACCAUUAUUGCCGCCAUCGAAUGUAAAAGUUACAGAAGCAAAUCUUGAGCCAAUCACCCUUUCUAUUAAUACAAUUGCAACAACUUUAGCGAAUACGGAGCAUCUUCCUUUCGUGACUAAUUCAUCGAUUUCUAAUAAUACUAGUACCAUUUUGGAUGUUCCAAAGGAAACGGGAUCUCUUUUAAGUCUAGAACCACAUCCAAAACUAGAAUUACCUACGCUACAGCCGCCAACAACAUCAUCAUCAUCAUCAGCUGGUAUAUUACAAACAAAUAACAACAUUAGUAAUAGUAAUAAGAUGGAAAUAAAUCAGCCAACACCAAUUGUACCGGCACAACAAAAUCUUCCUUCGUCUCAGCCACAACCACCAACAUCUAAUAUGAUUAUUACAACAACAAAUAAUGCUGUGCCAUUGCCAGCUAUUGUCAAUAAUAUAAAUAAUCCACUGCAUGUUCAUAAUAAUAGUUCUAAUAACAAUUCAAAAUUGUCAGCAAGUAUAAGCAUGAAUCAGUUCACAGAUCCUUUAGAACAUACAUUAGCGUCACUUGAACAGCCCCAAUUGAAUAUUCCUAAAAAUCAGGAUAUUAAUUCAAUGUUGAUGGACAUACAAAAACAACAUCAACAACAACAACAGCAGCAGUUACAAAUGAGUCAACUUAUGAGUCAAAUUCCAGUGACACAUCCAUCAAAUACAAAUAAUUUUGGACCUGACUUUAAUGGAGUGAAUGGUUUGAUGAAUAUUUUAGGAAUUCAGUCGGUUGAUACAGCAAAUUUGCAAUUAUUAAAUCAACAAAUGAAAGGAUCAGCUGGACGAUUCCCUGAUGUUUGGAACGUACCCAAUCCGUCUUUACCAAUUAAUCCAAUGACAUCGAGGAAUAAUAAUCCACCGAAUUGGGAGCAUCAACAAGCAACGGCAAUGAAACAGGAUAAAAUCAUUUUGACACCGAAACCUAUUCAAGAAUUACUAGCUAAUGUCAAUGAGAAACCAAAAUUAAUCAAUACAAACGCUCCUGACUUACGAGUUAAUCCUGCUUUUGGUCAGUCUUUUAGCAAAUAUGAGCAAAAUUUAAAGAACGCAAACUCUUGGUCUCAAUUAGCUUCAUCGCAUGAGACAUUAAAUACGUCUAGUAAAUCAAAACUUCCGUCAGAUACUUUCCAAGAAUUCCGAACGAAAGCAAAAGAACAGCAGCAACGGCAAAAGCAGGAAGCAGAGAAAAUUAAAAGACAACAAAAGGAACAGGAAUUGAAAAGACAACAAGAGAGUUUACAAAAGCAAACUAAAGUUGAUGAUGGAAGUAAUGGACAAAGCAGAAAGUUGCAAAAUGAUCCAAUAGCAAAUAUAAUGGAAGAAAUGAGAGCAGUCACACCUCCUGUGUCGGCUGAAUCACAACAAUCGGAACGAUCUGCUGCUAGAAGGGCAGAAGAGCGUGCUGCAGAACAAGAAAGACGUCGUCGAGAAGCGUUGUCAAGACCAAUAGAUUUGAAUAAGCAGGGUGAUUUGAUGGCUGAAUUUGAGGAACUUCUUUAAUAAAUCAUUGUAAAUAUAAAAGAAGAAAAAAAAAGUAAUUUAAAUAGGAUUGAAGCACAGAAGAAAUUGUAAUAAUAAAUUUAGGAUUUUAAAAAGUACAUUGUUAUUAUCAUUUCGUUUAAAAAAAUACUUAAUGCUAAAAGUAUUAUAAAUAUAUUAAUUUUUUUUUCGAAGCUUUCAAAAAAUACAUAAUAAAAAACUGAUUGUUCAUCAUUAAGUCUUAUAUUUUA